AUGAGUGAUGCUCUGGAAGCUGAUAACAAUGUUUCAACUUCGCCAAAAAACACCACGACUUUAGAGGGCCAGACCGUGUAUCCGGACACGAAAGAAGAGUUCAUCAGUGCAGAUGCAGAUUUGACCAAAGACUUACCAGAAGAUACGGAAUCUGUGGAGUUGGUACAUUUGCGAAUUCAAUCGAUAGAGGAUCUGGAAUUGCAGCGGUUUACCAAAUUGAAAUCGCUGUGUUUAAGACAAAACCUGAUCGAAAGCAUGAGUGAGGUAGAAGUACUUCCUGUGGCUACUAUGGAGGACAUCGACCUGUAUGACAACAAGAUCAAACAUAUUUCCAGCAGCGUGAACCAACUCACGGAACUUAAGAGCCUGGAUUUGUCGUUUAACAAGAUCAAGCACAUUAAGAACGUGGAUCAGCUCACAAAGCUAGAACAUCUGUACUUUGUGCAAAACAGGAUUUCCACAAUUGAAAACCUAAGCACUCUCAAAGUCUUGCUUAAUCUCGAAUUAGGCGGUAACCAAAUUUCUCGCAUCGAGCCAGACUCGUUCAAGGGACUUGAAAACCUUCAGCAGUUGUGGCUGGGUAAGAACAGUAUCCCACGUUUGAUUCACCUCGACCAUCUGCGGAAUUUGCGUAUUUUGUCCAUCCAGUCCAACCAGCUCACGAAAAUCGAGGGUCUUGACCAACUGCCCAACUUGGAAGAACUGUAUUUGUCACACAAUUUCAUUUCGAAAAUAGAGGGCCUCGAACACAACACUCGGCUCAACACCUUGGAUAUCACGUCUAACAAGAUCACCAAGAUCGAAAAUCUGCGCCAUCUCACCAAACUCACAGAUCUAUGGUUGUCUUUUAACCAGAUCGAUCAGUCGAUCGAAUCUGUUGGCGACGAAUUGCGGGACCUGCCGGAGUUUGAAACCAUUUAUCUCGAGGGAAAUCCUAUCGAGAAAAAUUCUGGAACCGUUUACAGACGUAAACUUGUUCUCAACUUGGGUAGUAGUCUGCAGAAGAUUGAUGCUACCUAUAUCCGCGGAUGA